AUGAUCCAGCAAAUGCAGCAUGCUUGCAAUGAAUGCAAGGGAACUGGAGAGACUAUUAAUGAUAGAGGUCGAUGCCUACAGUGCAAAGGCGAAAAAGUUGUUCAGGAAAAGAAAGUUUUGGAAGUCCACGUAGAAAAGGGUAUGCAGGACUCACAGAAGAUUACAUUCCCCGAAGAGGCUGAUGAAGUGCCUGACACCAUGACUGGAGACAGUUUUAGUCCUCCAGCAGAAAGAGCAUCCAAAAUUCAGGAGAAAGGUGCAUCCUGUCCCACUUGGAUGACAGGCAACUCCUUAUCAAAUCACAAUCAGGAGGCCUAUGAUGAGGAUGAUGAUAUGCAUGGUGGAGCCCAGAGGGUGCAAUGUGCUCAGCAGUGA